CCUCAAGGGAAAGAGCAGAAGAUUAUAUCCCGAGCAAAUGAAAAUAUUUUUUGAAAUUGUGUUAAAAAAGAGAUUUAUUGCGGUUUGGUUAAAAGCAGUUGGGCACUUCUGUUUCAAAGAGUUGGUUGACUUUGAACGCUAAGUUAAACGGCUCUCAUUGGUUGAAAAAAUCGCAUUAAGUUCUCUCAACUUGGAGAACUUUGCUGCUAUGUUAUUUCCGAAAGGAGCGCAGAGAUGCGGAUCAAUAUCUGGUGAACAGCGUGCAAAGGCCAUUAUGAAAAGCGUGACGUCAUAGAUUGGUGAUAAGGAAUCCUGUCACAUAUGACGGACGUGAUCCUGUGUAGGCGGAGAUGAUAAGGAAUUUCAUGCCCGCGUCCUUUUAGUUUCGCUCAGGUGUAUCAUAGUGAACAAAGGUGAUGUGUCAGUGUCUCUAAGGCGGCUGAAAUAACGCCAGGAGAGCAGCACCAAGAGCAACAUCGGCGAGAGCGCUUUAGAAACCGGCGUCGAGAGCCAUAACAGAAUCAGGCUUUAGCUAAGAAAGAAGCGGGCGUUGGUGGCAUGCGAAAGAUCACCAGAGCUGACGUCCGCUUGAGGCCCCUGUCACUGGCGAUCACCACUCCCGCUGCCGCCAGGACGUUCAUCAGCCCUCCAGACCGACGCGGCGCAGAGACCCAGUUCAUUAGCUGCGAAGAUGAUCCCGAGCUUUGGCGGCAACCGCUCAGCCAGCUAUGACACGCACGUGCACAGCCUCUUUGGCCUCGGCGAGACGGACUUCGAUCAGGACGGCGCGAGUGUCAGUCUCGAUGACAGCCCCUUCAUCCUCGAGGGUUCGGCUGCCGCGGCCCACGCAGAAGAGCAGGGGGGCGGGGGCGACGACUGGAGGUUGGGAGUGCUAUCUGCCCCAGCCCACGCGCCUCUGCCUGGCUGGCGAGCCGGACAUGCUGUCAGUAAGCAAACAGCGACAGCCGAGACAAGAGUAUUGGGUGGAGGGGCGGUCGGGGGGGAGAGCAUCCCGGCUAUUGAACACAGGGCCGGCAUGCUAUCGGACAGCGGGGAGUCCACGCUUGACAUCAGCACCGAAAUGAUUAAAGACAUAUUUGAGAGCAACCAAGAAAACGCCGUGACUCCCAAGAACGCCAUCAGCUUCCCCGAGUCCCUCUGGAGACUAAAGGCCUCGGACACGACCAGCCAGCUGUUGAUUGAUAACGCAACUGAUUGGAAUAAUGAAACGGGCUGGUACUGGGAGUCCGCCGAUAUUUCUCCUUUGUCCGUAAAUGCCACGAUAUCAUGCAUGAACAUGUCUCUAAAUGACACGGACUGUGCGGUGGCAGGCGACGGGCCGCUGGUCGUGACGCCCGAGAACCUGUCCCUGUGUCUGCUCCUCCUCUUCUUCGCGUGUCGACAUCUCGGCAACGGGCUGGUGAUCGUGGCCGUCGCGCGGGAGCGGUAUCUCCACACAGUCACAAACUACUUCAUAAUGUCUCUGGCGGUAGCGGACUGCCUCGUCGGGGCCCUCGUCAUGCCCUUUAGUGCCCUCUACGACUCCUUUGACUACUGGCCUUUUGGCCCAGAUUUCUGCGAUGUCUGGAGAAGCUUCGACGUACUUGCCUCCACUGCGUCAAUACUUAACCUCUGCGUCAUAUCUCUGGACAGGUACUGGGCCAUAACUGAUCCUUUCAGUUACCCGAGCCGCAUGUCCUCCCGGCGGGCGUGCAUGCUGAUAGCGCUCGUGUGGGUCUGCUCGGCCCUCAUCUCUUUCCCCGCCAUAGCAUGGUGGCGCGCUGUAUCCGACCCGCAUCCGCCUGGCGCCUGCCCCUUCACAGAGGACCUAUCGUACCUCGUCUUCUCUUCCACCAUAAGUUUCUACGGCCCGCUCUUCGUCAUGGUCUUCACGUACUUCCGGAUCUACCGAGCGGCCACAGAGCAGACGCGAUCCCUCAAACUGGGCCAGAAGCUGGUGUCCGCCAUGGGCGACGGGGAAAUGGAGCUGACGCUGCGGAUCCACCGCGGAGGAGGCGGCAGCAGUGGCGGCGGCGGCGGCACCAGCAGCAACGGCAACGGUGUGCACAGAGCCCACUAUCCGGCAGGAAAAUCCUGCAGUUAUACGCAGGAGAACGGCGGCUCGGGGACUCCCACGCGCUCGGCGUCGCCCUGACGACGGGGAGUCGUGCCCCUCGGGAGCAUGCACGAGGGGGCGUCGCCGGAUAGCUCUACCAAAGUGGUCGCUCGAAAUCUGAAAAACUUUUCGAUAUCACGUAAACUGUGUAAAUUUGCCAAAGAAAAGAAAGCAGCCAAGACUCUGGGUAUCGUAAUGGGAGUGUUUAUCGUCUGUUGGCUGCCCUUCUUCGUCACGAAUCUCCUGUCAGGGUUGUGCGGCGAAAGGUGCAUCCGCGAGCCCGCCCUGGUGGACGGCGUCGUCACUUGGCUCGGCUGGAUCAACUCCGCGAUGACCCGUAAUCUACGCCUGCUGGCCAAGGACUUCCGCAGGUGA